AUGUCCGACGAUGAAAUGAAUAUUGACGAGGUUGCUGCAGGAGGAGCCGUUAGGAGGAGAGGUCGUGGCUUCCAAAACACAGGCAGCAACGAGGGCACGGUGACUGCUGAACCCACAUAUGACCGAGUCGAAUCCAAAGAUUCCGAUACAAGGGCCGCGCGCUCGGUUGAAGGCUGGAUUGUUCUGGUGACAAACGUACAUGAGGAAGCGACGGAAGAGGAUGUUACCGACAAGUUCGCAGAGUUCGGAGAGAUCAAAAACCUGCACCUCAACUUAGAUAGGCGGACGGGAUAUGUCAAGGGAUAUGCAUUGGUGGAAUAUGAGACGAUGGCUGAAGCGCAGGCGGCUAUCGAUGGUGCAUCUGGUACCACACUGCUGGAACAGACAAUACAUUGCGACUUUGCAUUCGUUCGACCUCCCCCCUCCGGUCCAAAAAAAGGCAGAGGUCCUCGUGGACGCAGCGCAAGUCCAAACAGAAGGCGAUGAUCACGUAUUUUUGUAGUAUUUUUUAUUUCUCCGCCUUGUACAUCAAUAUAUUGCCUGUUGCUGAGCUGCUAUCGGAGUGCUUUUUGUUCAUAGCCCCCUACAGUGGACUAGCAAAGCAGCAACGCUAAAGUUAUUCGCUCAGGUUGGCCAUGCCGGCCGUUGUUAUUUCCCACGGUAUCUCUUCAAC